GUUAAGUUUGUGUAGUCGACUGGUAAUAGAAAAGUAUAUUUUUCUCAUUCAAAAUAAAAAAAAAUAUAUUAAUACGAACAAAAACUGUGCAACAUAUAUAAAUUUUAUGUAACACACAUUCUAAAAAUAUGGCAGAAUCAAUUGGACCAAUACUUCAUGUAAUUGUCGUCGGAUUUCAUCAUAAAAAAGGAUGUCAAGUAGAGUACUCAUUUCCUCCUUUGGUGCCUGAAGCUCCAAAUGAAUGUCCAUUAGGUUGGAAGUAUUUACCAACCCUUGCUUUACCAGAUGGAUCUCAUAAUUAUGAUGAAGAUACAGUUUACUUUCAUUUACCUAGUUUGAAUAAUCCAAAACGCACAAUAUAUGGCAUUUCAUGUUUUAGACAAAUUCCUGUUGAGAAAUUAAAAAAUCGUACAUCUGAUAUAACAAGAGGUACAGUCCAAAAGUCUGUUUGUGUAUUAAGCACUUUACCAUUAUAUGGUCAUAUUCAAGUAAAAAUGGCUUUGAUAACACAUGCAUACUUUGAAGAAGGUGACUUUAGUAAGGUGUCAUUAUUGGAAGAUACGUAUCAUCACCUUAAUUCUUGUAUGAGUUGUGAGAGUCAAAUACCACCACAAAUCUUUGUUGGAUUGUCAGCAAGAGAUUUCAUAUUACAAUUUCGCCAUAAAGUUCUUUUAUUAUUUAAACUACUUCUGUUAGAGAAAAAAAUAGUUUUUUAUCAGUCACCAGUUCAACCAUUAUGCGCUGCAAUAUUGACAUUACUUUCAUUGUAUCCUGGUAUGAUAGAACAUGGUUUGCAACAAGCUGCAUGUGUUAGACCAUCCAGACCCAUGUCUCCUAUUCCUACAUUUGAUGAAGAAGAAAUAUCAAUAAAUAGCAUUGGUAAUAAUUUAUCUUCCACAAAUUGUAUUAAAGACAGCAUAUCUGAUAGAGUGACAGUGCAUAUUAACGGUAAUUCUGAUAGGAAUACAUUAUGCAUAAAUGAUAAUAAAGCUAUUGAAACUAUGGAAGGUAAAUGUAUGGAUGAAUUAAAGAAUAUAACGGUACAAAAGAAUAACAAUGAAAAUGAAAAUUUGAAUAUGAAAGUUAUUGAAGUUGAGUCAGCACAAGAAUGUACCAAAUCUUAUGCAGAAGAAAAUAAUUCUGUAUAUUCUUCAAAGCCAAAUGACAAUAUACAUAGGGUGCAAAGCAUAAAUACAAUUACAUUAAGUACAACAGAUACUGAUAAUACAUUACCACGUGAUACAAGUAAUGAUGCACUUUCUGAUGCACGUUUAACAAAUAAUAUUACUCAAAUUGCUCAUGUAAAUCCAGAAUUGUGUGGUUUACCAUUAAAUAUAUUUACAAAGGGUUACUUAUGUUUGCCAUACCUGUCUUUACCAUAUUUGGAUCUUUUGGCAGAUAUAAAUGUUAGAGGAUAUAUAGUAGGGGCAACAAAUGUUUUAUUUAAACAGAAGAAGCAACUUAUUGACGUCUUAGUAGAAGUUGAAAAUACACGAAUAGAAACAAGUGAUCCAGAAUUAAGAAGACAAUUGCAUCUUACAACUGAGGAUUUAAGAUUUGCAGAUUAUAUAGUGAGGCAUGUAGCAGAACCACGCAAAGAUAUUUUUUUGGAUGGUGUAGGUUGGGAAGGUGGUGAUGAAUGGAUUAGAACUCAAUUUCGAGUUUAUUUAUUAAGUAUGUUGAGAACAUCUAUGCAACAAGACUCUCGUCAGUGUGAUCAUUACAAUUCUGCAUUUAUGACUGCCUGGCGUUCAACAAAUAACUAUAAGAUAUGGAAUAGCUCUAAUAAGCCAGAAAUUAAUAAUAUAGAACCAGGUCAUCCAUUUGCUGGACAGUUAUCAGUGCAAGAUAUGAAGUUACGAUUAUCACAUACAAUGCAAAACACAGAAAGUGGUAGAAAAUUGAAUCAAGCAAUGGCAUCAACCGGAAGAGCAGUUGCAACAACUGGAAAAGCAGUAGGUGGUGCACUUUCACAAGCUAAGGGAGCUUUCACUAAUUGGUGGAGUACGUUAACAACAGUUCAAACAGUAGAGGAUGGAAAAGCUGCUGAUCAUCAGACUCCGACUAUACAUCAAGCACUUUCAAAUAUAGCUAAUAAAACUGUCGUUGAAGAUGAAGAGAUGAAUGUAUCUGCUAAUAAUACAGGUUUAGAAAUGGUUACGGAUUAA